GGCUCAAGCCAGUCUGACCCGCGAGAGCUGCAACGCCCGACCCCUCCGCGGCGCGCGCGACGCCACCGCCCCACCCCGACGUGCCAGCGAUGCUCGCCCGGGCGGCGCAGGAGCGCGCGGAGCUCGGCGAGGCGAGCGAGCAGGAGCAGACGCUGCUCCAGGAUGCGGCGCGCGCCCGGCGCUCGCCACCCUGGCUCGCGGCGGGCGGCGCGGCCGCGGCCGUGCUGCUCCUGGCCGGCGCGGGCGCGGGGGCGCUGCGCCUGUCGCGGCGCGGGGCGGCCUCGAGCGCGGACCGCUUCCUGAGCAAGGAGGCCGACGCGGACGCCGAGGGCAACCCGUACGCCACGGAGCCCUGGAACGCCACGUUCUCCGUGGUGUUAUCCGGCAAGGAGGGCGGCGCCAAAAGCAACUUCACCGUGACGGUGCACCCGGACUGGGCCCCCGAGGCUGCGAAGCGCCUCCAGGACCUCGUGGCGAGCGACGUGUUUGACGAUGCCCGCUUCUUCCGGGUCGUCCCAGACUUCAUGGUCCAGUGGGGGAUCCCCGCCGACCCGGCGGUGGCCAAGACCUGGAGGGAGAAGAAGAUCCCCGACGACCCCGACGCGGGGCACAGCAACGAGAAGGGCAUGCUGACCUUCGCGACGGCGGGGCCGGACACCCGCACGUCGCAGCUCUUCAUCAACUACAAGGACAACGCCUUCCUGGACAGCCAGGGCUUCACUCCCGUGGGCAAGGUCGUGGAGGGCAUGGACGUCGUCGAGGGCAUCCAGAGCAAGUACGGGGAGGAGCCCGACCAGGGUGAGAUCCAGGAGGAAGGCUCGGGGGGAGAGCGAACGCGGGGUCCGAAGGGGGCACGAGAAGCGCUGCAUGCAGCAGGCUUCGGCCCCGCCUCCCAGCGCGUCGUCUGAUGUAGGCGCACUGCCGGCUUCUCCGGGCGGGCGGCGGGAAGUCCAGCUGCAUGCGGCUGUUUCCCUGCUGUCCCUCCCCUUUCGCCCCCCCUGGCAGGCAAUGCAUACUUGACGAAGGAGUUCCCAGACCUGUCCUACAUCCCAGAGCGGGGUGACUGGCAGUUUCCCUGCAGGGAGCAAGUAGCCUGACGCUCGUUGAGCAAAUGAUCUUCCAUUUCGGCCAGGGUGCGCUCCAUCAGGGGAGCUCGUCCUCCGCCUCCUGGAGGGGGGGGGGAGUCCCCUCCUCCAGGAGGAGGAUGAUAUUCGGGUUAUCCGUGCCCGCCGAUUUGUCAUAUCGCCUUGUGGCUCCCAGCCUUCUGUUUCAAUUCGAUCGGGUCAAACGGGCCCCUGUGGAGAGUGCGGAACGCCCUCAAAGAAAAGCACACGCCGGCUUCGGUGCAGGACGCUGCUCGCUCAUACCCGAAGAGCCCCGAGCCCGCCACGGUUCUUCCC